AAGACCCUACACAAUCCAAAACAAGCCUAUGAUUGUAAUGGAGUGGCGUCGUGAUUUCUCUAUGGAGAAGGAUAUGCUACGGUCGAUUCCGAUUUGGAUUAAGCUACCGAGCUUGCCAUUACCUCUAUGGGGAGUUCAGAGUUUGGGAAAGAUUGGGAGUGCAGUGGGUAAUCAUUUGUUUACGGAUGAGUGCACAGCAGGGAAGCUUAGAGUAAGCUAUGCUCAGUUGUUGGUAGAGGUUGAUGUUACACAAAAGCUGUGUGAAGAGGUAACCAUCAAGGACCGCGAUGGAAAGGUAAGAAAACAGAAAGUUGAGUAUGAGUGGAAGCCAUAGUACUGUGAAAGAUGCCAGGGGGUGGGGCAUGUCUGUUCCAAUGAGAGGAAGGUUACAGUGAAGACAUGGCAACCAAAACUCAAAAAGAGUGAUGAGAAGGGAGCAUCUAGUCAACAAGAGCCUGAAGAAGGAAAGGAUGGAACAAUGAAGGCUACUAGAGAAAGUGAUGAACCAAUUGACCAGGGAAAAGAGAACUGGACUGAGGUUAGAAGGAAGAAAGAAGAUGGCAAAAAAUGUAUGCAUGAAUGCCCAGUAGAAGAAAGAACUUUGGUGAGAAGGGUUGAAAGCGACUUCAAGGACAUCAAAGAUGAACUUGACAGCAUCCAUGCCUUCCUCAAGGAUGCAGACACAAGGUAUUCCGAAGAUGGAGUUAAAACUUGGGUGAAGCAGCUGAGAGAAGUAUCUUUUCGUAUACAAGAUGUCAUUGAUAACUACAUCUUGUAUGAGGCAGAAAGAGUCAACCAAUCUGGAUUAAGAUCAGCAAUCCAAAUGUUUCCUGGUUCGAAUCCACACAUCCAAAUUGCUUCUGAGAUUCAGGAGAUUAAGUUAUCACUUGGUAAAAUCCAAGAAAGAAGGAGAAAUUUUAAUUUUCGGUCUGAAAGAGGAUCUAGAGGGGCUAAAGCUCCUAGAAUUGGAGACCCUCGAAUGGCUCCUAAUUUCAUUGAAGAGACUCAAGUUGUAGGGUUUGAGAUCCCAAGAGAUGAAUUGGUUAGUCGCUUGGUGGGGGGAAACGAUGAGCUCAUGUUGGUUUCUGUGGUUGGCAUGGGAGGACUCGGGAAAACCACUCUCGCUAAGCUUGUUUUUGAUAAUGAGCUAGUGAGAGGGGACUUCGAUUGUAGAGCUUUCAUCACAGUUUCUCAAUCGUACACUAUCAGAGAGUUGUUGACAGAAAUGAUAAAGAAUUUUUACAAGGACAGCAAUGAGCCGAUUCCAAGGGGUCUGCAGAAGAUGGAUGAUGAAACUUUGAGUACUCAUGUGAGACAAUACCUUGAGUCAAAAAGGUACUUGGUUAUAUUUGAUGAUGUCUGGAAAGAUGAUUUUUCUGAUGAUAUUGAACAUGCCUUAAUUAAUAAUAACAGAGGAAGUAGAAUCCUUGUGACCACUAGAAAAAUGCAUGUAGCAGAGUAUUCUAAGAGAUCUUUUCCUGUUCAUGUUCAUGAGCUACAACCUUUGCCUCCAAACAAAGCAUGGGAGCUGUUUUGCAACAAGGCGUUUAGAGGGGAGUGUCCAACAGAACUUGAGGAGAUGUCCAGAGAAAUUGUUCAAAAGUGUGGAGGGCUACCACUAGCAAUUGUGGCCAUUGGUGGUCUUUUGUCAACAAAAGCUAAAACCAUGUUCGAGUGGAUGAAUGUGAGUCAAAAUCUGAGAAUGGAGUUAGAUCGCAGUGUGCAUCUGGCUAGUCUAGUAAAGAUUUUAUUGCUGAGUUAUGAUGACUUGCCUUACCAUUUGAAAUCAUGUAUGCUAUACUUCGGUAUAUAUCCUCAGGACUACACAAUCAAUAGGAAGAGACUUACUAGACAAUGGAUGGCCGAAGGGUUUGUUAGGCAUGAGGAGGGAAGAACUUUGGAGGAAGCUGCUGAAGAGUACCUGACGGAGUUGAUACAAAGAAGUUUAGUUAAUGUUUCCACAGUCGGUUUCGAUGGAAAAGUCAAGAGUUGCAAAGUCCAUCAUUUAUUGCACGAAGUGAUCAUCAGAAAAAUGAAAGAUUUAGGUUUUUGUCAUUUAUGCCAUAAAGAUGAUGAACAAGUCUCUCUUGGAAUAACUAGACGCUUUUCUAUAGCAGUUAUCUCCAAGAAUGACUUGACAAACACUAGCAACUCAGGAAUUCGCGCUAUAUUUGUCUUUGACAAAGAUGAAUCUCCUAAACAGCUCAUGGAUGGAUUAUCCGCCAAGUUCAAGCUUUUGAAAGUGCUUGAUUUUGAGAGUUCUAUGUUGAAUUCUAUUCCUGACAACUUGGGGAAUCUUUUCCAUCUAAGGUACUUGAACCUGAGCCAUACAAAAGUUAUGGUUCUUCCCAGAUCCAUCGGUAAGCUAGUCAACUUAGAAACCUUGGAUCUAAGGCAAACUCAAGUGCAUGAGUUACCAGAAGAGAUAAACAAGCUCACAAAGCUAAGGCUUCUUCCAGUUUAUUAUAGAAAAUAUGAAGGGCAUUCUAUGUUGAACUUUACAACUGGUGUGCAAAUGCAACAAGGUAUUGGAUGCUUGAUAUCUUUACAAAAACUUUACUUUUUGGAAGCAGAUCAUGGUGGAAUAGACCUUAUCCAAGAGCUCAAAAAGUUGAGACAGUUAAGAAAGUUAGGCAUAAGGCGUGUGCGGAGAGAAUAUGGAAGUGCAUUAUGUGCUACAAUACAAGAGAUGAAGCACCUCGAAUCUCUAAACAUUACUGUUAUAGCUGAGGAGGAAAUCCUUGACUUGGAUUCUAUAUCAACUCCACCUAAACUUAAAGUUCUCAACUUGAAAGGUAGAUUAACAAAGUUGCCUGAUUGGAUUCCAAAUCUUAAGUAUCUUGUGAAACUAAGGCUUGGCUUAUCUAACUUUGAAGAUGAUCCACUAGACUCUUUAAAGAAUUUGCCAAAUUUGUUGAGGUUGAACUUGUGGGAUGAUGCAUUUUCUGGUGAUAAUUUGCAUUUUCAAGUUGGAGGGUUUCCUAAGCUGAAGGAGCUUGAUCUCACUAGAUUGAAUAAUCUAACUUCUAUCACUAUAGAGAAUGGAGCAUUACGCAGUCUUCAGCAUUUCAGAUUUAACAACAACCCUCAAUUGAGGGUGGUCCCUCAAGACCUUCAAUACUUGGAAAACCUUCAAUUCCUUGGAUUUGCUGAUAUGCCAUCUGAAUUGGUUGACAGCAUUAAUCCACGCAGAGGGGGAGAAUUUCAUUGGAUAAUCAGGCAUAUUCCUCUAGUACUCAUUCGACAGAAAAUAGGAUCAAGAUUCCACGACUAUGAGUUGUAUCCUAUUCCAACUAUAAAUAAUGUCUGAACUGUCAAGCUUCAUAUUCUCCAUGUUGCAGCUCACAUGAAGAUGCACUUUGUCUCUUCGUUCCUUCUACGGUGUGCUUAAUAAAUUAUUUCCUUGAAUUGAAUCGUCUACUAUAUAUUCAAGGAAUGUGUACUCUAUUAAUAGACCAAUGCUUCUGUUUUCAUUUUCUGUUUUCUGUCAUUUGUGUGUGGUGUUGUUUACUAUUGGUUGUUGUAUGGAUGCUUUUCUAUAAGCAGUACAAUGGAUGUUUCAAUUUGUUAUGAAAGAUGUAUGCAAUUUCGUUACUACUA